CCGAUUCGUGGUCGAAUUAUGGGACCCACUUGGUAGACGCUUGGGGGAAAAGAUAUAUUCGGGUUUCUCCUCCCCUCGUCUCCCAGUCCCCACCGGUCUGCUUCCUUCUCCUGCACGGCUCCCAAAUCGAACCAUGAGGCGGAGGCUGGCGACGUCGCCGUUCUCCUUCGCUGUCUUCGUCUUCAUCUUCCUAGCUGGCUCCUUCUCCUUCCGCGUAUCUCGUGACUAUCUCCCCUCAGCCGCUCUCAUCUCCACGGCUCUCCGCCGCCCCCUCACAUCCCGCGCCGUCAGCGAGCUCCUUGGCUCCUCGCUGCCGCCGCCUCUCGAUGGCGUCCUACUUCCCGAUUGGGAGGUUCUCCUCGUCCUUUCUCCUCAAUCCUCUCCGUCCGCCACAGCAGCCACCGCCGAUGGAAGCCUUAUCUGCCUUUUCCACACCGGCGUCUCUUCCCCUGCUCGCCGCGCUGGCGCUACCGCCUUCCGAUGCUCCCUUCCUCGCCGGCUCCGCCGUAUCCGGCCGUUUUAUGCCCCUCGCCUCAUCGCCGCCUCGGCCUCCUCCGCCGCCUCUGCUACCGGCCACGACUUCGAUUUCCCUCGUCGGGAGAUGAUCCGGUGGUCGAUGCCGGUGGCUUACCAAUCCUUCUCCACCGAGGACGAGGUCAUAGUCUUCGCUAAGGGAAUCAACCGCCGUAAACACUCCGUCCGCCCCGCCGCCGACAUCAAGUGCGUCUUCUCUCCUGCUUCCAGAGGCUCCGCUCUGGCCGCGACCCCCGCUACGUCAUCCGCCCAAGAGGUUUUCCGCUGCCCCCACCCGUCCGUGCGUCUUCCCUCGCCACUGCGCGUCUCCCUCGCCGUCGCGCUCGAGGCUGCGCCGAUAGCCACGGUGGCGGAAUACCGUCUCCCGUCGAUCGGUAGCCAGCCGCCGUCGCGAAGCCGCAUGGGCGUCUGCGCCUGCACGAUGGUGUUCAACGCCGCCAAGUUCCUCCCCGAGUGGGUGACGUACCACGCCGCCGUCGGCAUCGAGCGGUUCUUCCUCUACGACAACGCGAGCGAGGACGAGCUCGACCCGGUCGUGAAGCGGCUCAGGUCCGAGGGACAUGACGUCAUAGUCCGGUCCUGGCCCUGGGCCAAGACCCAGGAGGCCGGGUUCUCCCAUUGUGCAGUGUCGAACCGCUACGAGUGCGACUGGAUGGCCUUCAUCGACGUGGACGAAUUCAUCCUUGCCCCAGCUUGGACCAAUUUUAACUCGCCCAACCGGUCCAUGCUAGGUUCACUCCUCCCGGUCCAACCGGAGAUCGGCCAAGUCUCCAUCCGAUGUCUCGAAUUUGGACCAUCAAAUCAACAAAGACACCCCGAAGCUGGUGUGACCCAAGGCUACACCUGUUGUCGUCGAGCCGAGCAACGACACAAAUCGCUAGUUCGUCUCAAUGCUAUCGAUGACUCGCUGUCCAACUCAAUCCACCACUUUAUACUAAAAGAUAAUUUCAAGACAAAAUUUAUGAGACGCCGAGAGGCAAGGGUGAACCACUACAAGUAUCAAGCUUGGAACGAGUUCAAGAUCAAGUUUCGAAGGAGAGUGUCAACUUAUGUGACCGAUUGGAAACAAUCAACUAGCCUAGGUUCGCAGGAUCGAGUGCCUGGCUUAGGCUUUGAGGCGAUCGAGCCACGUGGUUGGACCGGUAUGUUUUGUGAAGUUAAUGAUACUUUACUUCGAGAUACAACUCGGAAAUGGUUUGGAACACUAGGUCUAGAAGGGGAAUACAGAAUGCCUUGGCAAAAUUAGAAUUUAUUCUUUUAUUUUAUUAAAAAAAAUCAUUCUUUCAUUUUUUUCUUCGUGUGUGUGCAAUCAUUAAUACAAUUAUUCAAGCAUAUUAAUCAUUGAGAAGAUUAAUAUUGUGUUUUUGUUUUUGUUUUAUGACUGUGAUGUGUGAGCUACUGCCGGCAUUCAGACAAGAUUCUUGACAACUGUAUUUGAUCUGUAUUUAUCCUAGUGAGAGAAAUUUUUUUGUUAUUUAUUUUUUUUAGAGAAUAUAUUAGUUGAUUCAUAUUAAAAAACCA